AUGUCCAACAGCUUGCUCUUUCUUCAGCUUGCGCUAGAGCGCGCCAAGGAAUGCAUACCAACGCCGUCUGCGUUCUGUGUUGGAUGCGUAAUCACUGUCCCACAUUCGACUUCUGAUGUUCCCAUCGUCCUCGAGACCGGAUUCUCUCGUGAACUUCCGGGCAACACUCACGCUGAGGCAAACGCACUCACUAAAGCCCGUAGUCUAACUUCACAAAAGCUUUCAGAGCUUCUUGGAGAGGAGUCACCCCCGGAAAUUGAAGAGUUGCUGAAAAACGCUGAUGUGUACACUACCAUGGAACCAUGCUCAGUCCGACUCUCAGGGCUCGCACCUUGCGCUGACGCUCUGAUAGAGGCGAACGUUCGUCGUUGCAUCAUUGGAGUUGGUGAGCCUGCGGACUUUGUGAAGUGUGAGGGCGCGACCAAACUGCAGGCCGCGGGAAUCGAAGUUGUCUGGGUGUCAGGACUCGAAGAGGAAUGUUUGGAAGUCGCUAGGCGAGGGCAUCCUCCAGUGGUAGCUGCCUAGUUAUGGAACGUCCCCAGUGCAUCUGGGUAAAGUUGCUAACUUUACAACAACGCUGUAGUAAAGCGACAGCCUUGCUACUGAACAAUCACACCUCCCCUAAGGAAAUAAUAUCACCUACCUCACUUUUAUGUACACGAAAUCCUUUCCGUCACAACCCAUGACUAAGUUUCAUGUCGUAAUAAAGAGCUCUUUGCCCAAAAUGGAUCUAGCUAGCUUCGCAAUCCC